GGAGAGCCGAGCGACCGCAUUGUCUGCGAGCGGACAAAGAGCGACACGAGCUCUUCUCUCUUUUAAAUAUCCGAGUCGCGAGGUGCGUUGAAAUGGAACGGAACGGAGUGGGCCAGGUGUCAUGACAACCGUCGCCAUGAAGACGUUAAUAUCGCAGUUCGCUUCAACUUCGGCUAGUUUGAUGGGAUAACGGCGCCGCUUAGCUGCGUGUUUUUUUCUUCUUUCGGCCGCUUGUGCACAGCUGGCAGCAGAGGUAAACAAAGCUGGGGGGGGUGAAAAAAAGCCUUUGUUUCACCUUUUUUUUAUUACGACUAAUCCAUUCAGCUACGUUAAUUCUCCACUUUUCCUCCUUAACGACGGUCGUUAGGUUGUUAGCUGUUUUGGUAGCUGCUUGGCCUCGACAUCACAUCAUCAUAUUUUUUCUAACCCUUCAUCAUCUAUUAUUCUUUUUUGCACUGGCUGGAUGAGAUGUCAUUCACCAUGGAGGAUAACUUAGACUUAGAGUCCGGAUGGGUGUCUGUUCGACCUAAAAUCUUCGACGAAAAAGAGAGGCAUAAAUUUGUUUUCAUCGUGGCCUGGAACGACGUCGAGGGAAAGUUCGCCAUAACCUGCCACAACAGGACGGUGCAGAGACGGAGCACUUUUCUGGACCCGCUGCUCGACUGUGCUUGUGCUCAUCCCGCCGAUAAACAAACAAAACAACCCGACGACGAGGCGAGUAGUGUUAAAGUUAGACCGAAAUGUGUCACUAAAGGAAAGCCAGGUGGUGUCAGAGAGAAGAAGUCAACAAAGAUAUCCGAUGGGUUAUGGGAUGUAGUGACACCCAGGGUGGUUGAUAUUGACAUUCUGGAUGUGGUGGAUGUGUAUGAGGAUGCAGAGGCCGGAGAAGGUGAGGGUAGCAGCAGCAGGGAGGACUUCAGCUGGGCCGGUUUGUUUUCCUUCCAGGAUCUGAGGGCUGCACACUUGCAACUAUGCGCCGUCAACUCCGACCUGGAGCCGUGUUUACCGUCCUUCCCCGAGGAGCAAUCCGGUCUGUGGUCGGUGCUGUUCGGUGCCACAGGUGCAGUGUCACAGCGGGAGACGGACGCCUUGUGCUACCAGCUGCAGGUGUACCUCGGCCAUGCUCUGGACACCUGCGGCUGGAAGAUCCUCUCGCAGGUGCUCUUCUCCGAGAGCGACGACGACACCGAGGAGUACUACGAGAGCCUGAGCGAGCUGAGGCAGAAAGGAUACGAGGAUGCGCUGGAGAGAGCCAAAAGACGCAUGCAAGAGGUUUUGGACAAACACAAAGCGAUGGACAGCAUGGUGGAGCUGCUGCAGGUUUAUCCCGAGGAGGACGACGCGUACGCUGAGCUGCUAGAGGCGAUAACUCAACUCUACCACUACCUGCUGCAGCCUUUCAGGGACAUGAGGGAACUGGCAAUGCUACGCAGACAGCAGAUUAAGAUAUCGCUGGAGACGGAACGCCUGGGUCCCCGGCGGGUGGAGGGUUUGGGGAAAGAGGAUGAGGAGUGGCAGAAGAAGGCUCACACCGCUGUGCUCUCCAUACAGGACCUAACUGUCAAGUUCUUUGAAACCACAAAUAGAGCACAGAAAGCGCUAUAUGAGAGGAUGCGCGCCGACCAGAGGAAGUUCGGCAAGUCGGCGUGGGCCGCAGCAGUGGAGCGCAUGGAGAGGCUGCAGUACGCCGUCUCCAAAGAGACUCUGCAGCUGAUGAGGGCCAAAGAAAUCUGUCUGGAACAGAGGAAACAUGGGCUGAAGGAGGAGAUGCAAAGUCUGCAAGAUGGAGAGGAUGCCAUGCUGCGUCUGGACCAGCUGGAGUCGCUGUACUACGAGCUGCAGCUGCAGCUGUAUGACAUCCAGGCAGAGGUGCUGCGCUGUGAAGAGAUGCUGCUCACCGCACAGCUGCAGAGUCUCCGCAGGCAGAUGACAGAGCGGCAGGACGAGGUGGUGUACUACGAUGCCUUUGAGAGCCCCGAUGCCAUGAAGGGUGUAGAAGACCCCGGGACCUCUCCGUCCCCCCUCAGAGACGAAGAACUCAGCAUCCUGCAGCAGAGGACGCGGCAGCUGGAGGCCCGCAGGGGGCGCAUCACUACCAAGAAAGUCUACCUCAAGAACAAGAAGGAAAUUUGUAUUGUCAAUCACAACCAGAAGAUACAGCAGCACCAAGGUCGCCAUGGUGACAGCAGCUCUCUGCAGCCUCUGCAACAGGUGUGUGGAGAAUUUGAUGAAGAUGAUGAAGUCAAGCAAAAUGCCCGAGUGAGUCAGGAGAGGCAGAGGACUCUGGACAGACUUCGCAGCCUGAAACAGCGUUAUCCGGGUCAGGUGACUCUGAAGUCCAGCCGGUUGCGUCUCAGCCAGGCCCACCCUCCUCGGAGGAGAGCGGGGCAGCAGCCGAGCACCCAGGCGGCUGGCGUUCAGACCGACUGCAUCUCCGACCUCCCAGAACUCUCGGCUCCUCCUCCGGACGCCUGCGGCUGCGACAGCGUCUCUCUGCCCACAGUUCAGCUGGAUAAUCUGGACUCCUCACCUCCUUUCCUCUCGCUGCCUCCUCUGUCAACUUCCCCGUCUAUUCUGUCGCUGGGUCCCCCUCCUCCUCCACCUCCUCCCCCACUUCCCCCUCCUCCUCCCCCGCUGCCUCCUCCCUCAGAAGAGCAGCAGCAGAGUAAUCCCACAGACAGCCAGGUGCUGCCGCUUAAAUGUGAGUCGGAGUCCUCCUCGCUGCCGUUUUCUCCUCAGUCAUUCGACAGCAGCCAGCUGCAGACGGCGAGGAAGAAGCUGAAGAAGACGGCGUCUCUGGACUCCUCGCAGUGGAGAAGAGCGAGCUCCCCCAUGGACGAAGUUCUAGCGUCUCUCAAACGGGGCAGUUUCCACCUGAGGAAGGCCGAGCUGAGGGUCCUGGCCCCCGACCCCGACGACGACAGCAACAACAUCCUGGCUCAGAUCAGGCAGGGCGUCCGGCUCAGGAAGGUCCGAACCCGACCGGAGCAGCAGCACCACGCCAAGACCUUCCUCCACUCUGCCGACCCUCUGACCCGCAGCAUCCACGAAGCUCUGAGGAGGAUCAAGGAGGCGUCGCCGGAGUCCGAGUCCGAAGACGAAGGCCUGCCGUGCACAGACUGGGAAAACUAGUUUGGUUUAAUGAAGAUUUUUUUUUUUUUGUUUGUUUAUUUUAACUCUUUCGUGGAGCCAGAAUGAAAAGAAAAAUGACCCGUU